AUGACCCCUCUGAGUGGAGACGUCAGAGCAUACGAUCAAGUCUCUCAGUUCAUAGAAGCACGCGAUGGCUAUGACCGACAACAGCAGCAUCGCAGUAGAGAACAAAGCCCAGCCCAAGGAAUAGCCACCAGCAACAUCAGGCAUCACUACAGACCUGUUCCCUUGGGCGAUGGAGACCAUAUUUUGUACACGGAUCCCAGAACCGGGACCCUUUCUUUGGGUUCUGAUGCAACAGGAGGGUUCUUGGAUCGCCCUAUUUGCAAGGCCCAAUUUCGUCCUCCUAUGAAUACGACGUCAACGCUGCCCGUGUUAUACACAGCUGUAUCUGACACAAGAUUCGGGGUCUGUGUCAUGGCAACAUUUGCGGCUGGCAGUGGAUACGACAGUCCAGGAGAGGACAUCUUAACCAGACCCAUCAGCCCAGAUCCGUCGGUAACUUCAGACGCAGACAAGCAGAUGAUUGUUCUUUACAUGAUACCGCCAGAUGUGCUUGCCGUCAUAUCUCACGGCCUAUGUCGUCAGCAUUACAUAAAUACCACCCAACAUGAUGAGAAUGGCAGCUUGUUGGUUGAGAUAGACUCGCGGCCCAAGGGAAGUUGCAACGAGAUCGACUCUGAGGUUGAUGGUUUCGCAGGAGUGACAACAAGGCCGCUCGAAGUUCGAGGGCUGCCAGUUGCUAUCUGUUGCAAUUUGGUGGAGCUUGUCCUAGAUUCGGGAGCUGAUGUGAUUCUUUGGGCGUUCUGCGAGCAGGGGUGGGCUCGGGCGUGGGCCUUGCGUGUCGGUCAUCGAGACACACCUCAUCGUACAGUCGUGGAGGCCAAUGGGAGUCUGAGACAGGUUGAUUCUAAGGGUGACUACAACAUGACAGAAGAGGAGCAGGUGGUUGCGGCGCCAGAUGUUUCUUUUGAAGCUUUGACGAGUGCAGAGAUUGCCCUAAAGAUAGAACCGGACACGCCUGGGCAAAUACCACCGACCUACAACCAUGGGAGACUUACUACUAAGAUUGUAUUUCGGGAGUGGUAG